AUGCGUGGGCCCAAUGACCAUCCAGACCCCCACAUAUUGCUACAGGCGGUCACUGUCGAGCUAUUAGGCCGGUCGCUCAUCGCCGUCUCCGAGAAUUGGUUUCGUUUGCCUGAGGAAAAUGUCUUAAUUCUAUUGUUUACCUCCAUCACUGAUGUCUCCAUGAAGCACCAGCAACAACAGCAGGAGCCGGAGCAGCAGAAACAGGAGCCGGAACAGCAGAAACAGGAGCCGGAGCAGCAGAAACAGGAGCCGGAACAGCAGAAACAGGAGCCGGAACAGCAAAAACAGAAGCCGGAACAACAGAAACAGAAGCCGGAACAGCAGAAACAGGAGCCGGAACAACAAAAACAGAAGCCGGAACAGCAGAAACAGGAGCCGGAACAACAAAAACAGAAGCCAGAACAACAGAAACAGGACCCAGAACAACAGAAACAAAAGCCGGAACAACAGAAACAGAAGCCAGCAACGAGGCAGCAUAACAUUCCAGGGGUGGCAGUAAAUCUCUUCUGGCACUUGAGGGCACCAGGAGCUGGCCAGUCUCAACCUCACUUCCCCGUAGUCGCCACUUUGCUACGAAAAUAA